AUGGCAGGCUGUGGCUGUCUGGAGCUUGGGCUCUUCUGCUGGGUCCUGCUGGCUGUCCCUGUGGGCCCCCAGCUUGCCUCACCAGUUCCGGGUGGCCCUCUCUCUACUUUGGGCCCUCAGAGUGAGGCCUCAAUGCUGUCACUCAAUCUGGGACUUAACUUCAAAUUCCACCUUCGGGGACCAGCUGCUGCCUGGGGGAGCUCUGUCACUGAGACACAGCGACUGCCCCCUGGGCUGGGCCGAGAGCUGGAGGAAGAGGCGGCCAGUGGGCUGAGGACCGACCCUCUUUGGGAACUGCUGGUAGGGUCCCUCGGGAACUCCCCCCCAGAGUGGGGCUCUGCUGAAGGCAGUUCAGUGCCCUGGGCCUCCUCUCAGCCCCUGGUAUCCACAUCCCCCCUCUCUGGGCCCAUGACUUCCUCUCAGCCCGGAUCGGGCACUGUGACCUGGGGUACUGCGCUGACAGCAACAGCGCCACCACUCAGUGGCCAUAGGCCUCACCAGAGCGAGCUGGAGCUGAAGCUGGACAUGGCACUGAGGGCAGGUGCCGCUCCCACACUUGGGCACCGGACACUGCCCCUGCUGCCCAGCCUGCGGGCCAGCUUGGCAGAGAUUGCUGGACGCCUGGGGCCCUUUGGUUUUUUUGGCACUACUCUGUCACCGCUCCGGAACAUCUCAGGCCUCAUCACCCAAGGUGCAACUACACCCCCAAGCUCUGCCCCAGGAGUUUCAGAAUCACCAGGGUUCUUUGGUGCCACUCUGUCACCGUCCCCAUCCCCCUCGGAGAAGAAGUUCUCAAGGCCCAGCCCACUGGAUCCGACUGAUUCUCUGAGCCCUGCCUCUACUGCAACAGAGCCGCUAGAUUCCACUGUCCCCACCUCUCAAAUGGAUGACCCUUCACUCUCCAGCCUCGCUGUCCCUUCUGAGCGGCCAGCGUGUGGGCCAGACCCCUGCAUCCUUGGGGAGAGACCUGAUCCGGAGAGACAGCCCCCUGACGCGCAGCUGCCCCUCUUUUUCUUGACCCUGGAGGCGGACUGGGCUGAGGCCCGGGCUCGCUGGGGGCUGGCCUGGGAGGCCCAUGUGUACGGAGUGGGCGCACUCUUCGGCCUAGUAGCCGUGCUGGCGCUGCUGGCUCUGGCUCUCCUGCCCUGGCGCUGUCCGCCCGGCGCACCCUGCCUGGCGCUUCUCGACCUGCUCCUGCUCUCGGCCGGAACCACGCGGGCCUUCCCGCUCUUCUACGACGCCUACGGGCACAGCGCCCGGCUGCCCGCGCUCGCCUGGCUGCUGCUGCAGGACCUCCCGCUGCCCUGCCUGGCCGCUGGCCUGGGCCUGGCUUGCUUGCUGAUGGCCCGGCCGCGCCCUCCGCGGUGCCCCGGCGGCCUGGCCGCCCUGCUGGCGCUGUCCUGCUGGCGGGGUCGCCGGCGGCGGGCCGGGGCACCCCUUGGGGGAUCCGGCUUCAAGGGCGCCACCCCGCUGCGGCACGCGCGCAGUCCUUUCGCCCCGCGGGAGUCGUGGCGGCGUGCGGCGCGCACGGCGCCGGUGGCCGGCACUUUCGGGCUGCUGAGUGGAGCCCUGCAGGGCUACGAGGUGCUACACGCCCUUGGCUACGGUGGCCAGCCGGGCCUGGAGGGGCCCUGGCCCUGGUGGGCCUUCCAGUUGGGUCUGCGCCUGAGCGAGGUGGGCGUCGCGCUGCCUCUGGCCUUGUUGGGCCUCUACCCCGCGCUCUGCAGCCCCCGCGUUCCCGCGCGCUGCUGGGCCAAGCUCUUCCGCCUGUCCCCGGGCCACGCGGCCCCGCUGCUGCCCGGGGGCUGGGGCGCGGGGCUCCCGGACAAGGCGCCCCUGGGCGGCUCCAUCGCGCGCGGUGAGGCCGAGCUGCUGCAGCUGUGCGCACUGGCGGGCCCAGGCCCGGACCUCCUCCUCCAGGGCGGCGCCUGCAGGGGCUUCGAGGGCGCGGCCGCCCACCCGGCGUCUUCGCCCGCCUCCUCCCCCUGCAGCGACUGCACCGUGGAUUUCCGGCCGCCGUCCCCCAUCAACCUGCGGCGCAGCAUCGAGGAGGCGCUUUGCAGCGAGGCCCUGCUGGCACCCGGCCUCUUCCAGGGCCCUGCCUUCGGGGAGGCGCUGCCCGGGCUUGGCCUCUACCGUACCGUCUCGCUCGGCGCCAAGGCGGGGGCUGCGCCCGGCGGGAGGCCCGAGGAGACCCCUGGGUCCCCCGUGUCCCCUGAGCCGCCCUCUCCGGGGGCCUGGCCUGCGGGCAGCAGUGCUUCGUCUGGCUCCUUGUACGGACUCUCGCGGGACAGCUCGUCCAUGCUCCUGUGCUCUAGCCCCGACAGGCCCCCACGCUGUCCUCUGGUCUGCGUCCUCAGCCCUCCACGGCCCUCCGCCAGCAGCCCCAGCCUCCCAGCCUCUGGCUCUUACCAGGCCCUGACUCCCCCGUCCCACGACUCCCCGGAGCCUGCUCCUGAGCUGCAGGCGGAAGAGGCUUUGCUGCAGGAGCAGUUCCUAGACGCCUGCCGACAGAUCGAUGAGCUGAGCAUGGGCAGCGACACCGUGGACCUGUGA